AUGGAUAAACCUUUAAACUCAAUUACAAAUAUAAUUAAUAACUUUCAUAAUAUUAAUAGUAAUAAUCCUAAUUCACCUAGUCACAGCACAAACUUAAAUAACUUAAAUAAUAAUAGACCCAGUUUACUAAAGAAACCAAUACAAGUUUCUGAUAGAAUCUCAUAUCCUCUAUCUACCGAUUCGAAAUACAUUCAACAACAACCAUUAUUAACGAAUAGUGUAAUCAAUUUAGAUAGUAAUAGUUUUAAUAAUAGUACAUUUAAAAACAAUAGUAGUAAUAGAUUCAAUCAAAGUACUAUUGGUUUAGUUAAUAGUAAUAGUAAUAACAGUAGCAGUGGUAACAAUAAAAAUGCUAAUGGUAAUACUUCAACACAAAUAAAUUUACAAACUUCUAGAGCACAUUUAUUACAAAAAAAAAACACCUCAAACACAGCGGCAACAACAAUAUCCGCAACAUCUUCAACAAAUAUAAAACCAAUUGUUAAAAAAAAGUUAAACGACUUUGUUAAACCACAUCAAACAAAUAUUUCUUCAAAUAUAAGAAAAACUAUAGCCACCCAACCAAAUAGAACCAACAACAACAACAACAACAACAAUAGCAAUAAUAAUAAUAAUAAUAGUGUUGGUAAAGUUAGUUCGAUAGCAAAUAAAAUUAAUAACAAUAAUAAUAACAACAACAAUAAAAUGAUUAGUUCACCAACAUCAGAUGGCUCUCUUAAUGUAUCAAGUUUAUCAAACAAUAGUUCAGAGUUUAAAAAGUUUUCACCAAUAGAGAAAUCAAAUAUUCUUUCAUCAGCACCAUUUUCAAAGAAUGAAAAAACAUAUUCCUCACUUCAAGAAAGAAUUGGAAAAAUUGAUGAAUUUACACAAUCAUUUAGAGGUAACUUACAAACACAGUUUGAUUCAUUUAAUGACUCUUUUAAACCACCAAGAUUAUCUCUUUCUGUACACGAUUUAAAAACAAGAUUGGACUAUGAAGAAAAGAGUAAAGAAAAUGAUAAAUUAAAAAGCGAAAUUAAAAAUUUAGUAAUGGCAAUUCAGGAUAAAGAUAAGGAACUUUUGGAUCAAAAAUAUAGAAUUAGUCAAUUAACAGUACAAAACGAAACUUUACAAAACAGUUUACAAAAUGCCAAUUUAAUUAUUCAAGAUUUACAAAGAGAGAUCCAAAGCAAUUCAAAAAGACAACUUGAAAUUGAUAGCAAAUUUAAUUCCAUCCAAUCUAUUACUUCUGAAAAAGACCAAGAAAUUGAAAAACUUUUGGCAUUGCUUAAAGAAAGAGACCAAUCGAUUCACCAACUUUUAGAAGACAAAGAACAACUUUUAGAAAAGAGCAGACAAGACGAAAAAAUAAGAAAACAACUUCAUAACACAAUUCAAGAGUUAAAAGGUAGUAUAAGAGUUUUUUGUAGAAUAAGACCAGAUUUCAAUAAUACUACAUCCGAUCAGCUCUAUUUAUUGCCACCAGGAACUGAAAAUACAAUAGAUGUCAAUACUACAGUCACCAAUUCAUUUAAUGGGGAAACAAGUGUUAAAAAAGUAAACUAUACAUUCGACCGUGUUUUUGGACCAACAUCAACCCAAGAGUUUGUUUUUGAAGAGAUUUCUCAAUUGGUUCAGUCAUCGCUUGACGGAUACAAUACAUGUAUUUUUAGUUAUGGUCAAACUGGUUCAGGCAAAACCCAUACACUUUUUGGAGGAAACGGAUCACCUGAACAACGUGGUAUGAUACCAAGAGCCGUCCAGUUAAUAUUUAGUGCUGCAGCUGAACUUAGAACCAAAGGAUGGCAAUAUCAAAUGGAAUGCUUCUUUUUAGAGAUUUACAACGAAGCUAUUGUGGAUUUACUUAACAAUAAUAGAGCUAUGGUCGAUCAAUUAAAAUAUGAUAUCAAACAUAACUUAGAAAACAACAGUACAUCAGUUACCAAUUUAACAGUGGUACCAGUUUCAUCACCUUCAAAAGUUUAUGAUUUACUUAAUACUGCAAAUAAAAAUCGUUCAGUUGCCAAAACUUUGUGUAAUGAGCGUUCAUCUCGUUCACAUACCGUUUUUCAAUUAAAAUUAAUGGGCUAUAAUGAAAAAUCUGGUGAGCGUACUCAAGGUCUUUUAAAUUUAAUAGAUUUGGCUGGUUCAGAGCGUGUUUCAAAAUCUGGAGUAACUGGUGACCGUCUUAAAGAAACUCAAGCUAUUAAUAAAAGUUUAUCAUCUCUUAGUGAUGUUAUUUCAGCUCUUGCAAAUAAAGAACAACACAUUCCUUAUCGUAAUAGUAAGCUCACUUAUCUUUUACAAAACUCUAUUGGUGGCAACUCUAAAACUUUAAUGUUUGUAAAUAUUUCACCAGAACCAAAGGAUCUUCAAGAAUCAAUCAGCUCACUUCGUUUCGCUGCAAAGGUUAAUAGUUGUGAAUUGGGUCAAGCUAAAAAACAUACAAAAUAUGAUUCAAAAUAA